AGUAAUGAUCUAAUUCUUGACAAGAAAAAAGGUUGAUCACAAAAAGGUUUCUAAAUGGCAAACUAACUAAAAGAACAAAUUAUAUAAAACAAUUUACUAAUAAUAACAAGAAUAAAAGGAAUCCUGUCAUGCUACAAACUUCUCUCUUUCUUUCUUUGCGGGGAAACAAUAAGAAAACUCCAAUCUAAUCGAUCCAAAGAGAGAGGGAAGGAACAGAAAGCGGGCAGUUGUGAAUCUUUGAAUUGAAAGCCAUUUUGGAUUCGGCAUUUGGUUUUGUUCAGUUCUUUAAUAUUUUGAGAAGUGAUUCUUGAAAAGGGACAAGAAAGAAAGAAAGAAAGACACGAACGAAGGAGGGAGAUGAAAACAAGUGCUGUGGUGGGUUUGAAAAAACAAUGAUAGGAGGGUUGUCAUUGGGUCAAAGAGGAGGAGGAGGUAGCUGUGGUAUUUCAAGAAAACCAUCUUCGAAAAUGUUGGUGAGGGAUAAAGAUAAAGACCAUUUUAUCCCUUUUAUUUGCUGCCGUUACCUGGGUCGGAAAAGGGUUGCUAUGGUGCUUUUGGUCACCUUUGCUCUUCUUGUUUUCAUUUGGGGUUCUUUUCCUGUUAGUAAAGAAAGCUCUAGUUCAAACUUGAAGAGCCGUUCAACUCUCGCUUUGGAAAUGGAUCCUUCUCACACUGGAGAAAGAAAUGGCAGGAUUAGAGCUCCUUCUCCUCCUCCCCAUCGAAUUAGUGAGGGCAGUGGUGGUUCAUCAGACCAUCCAUGCCGCAAGUUUUCCCUCCCACCUCCUCCUCCACCCAGUAGAAAACGGCUUGGACCACGCCCGUGUUCGGUAUGUUAUCUCCCUGCAGAGCAAGCCAGAGCCAGAAUGCCUAGUUCUCCAUCAGUAUCACCAGUGCUUCACAACCUGACAUAUGUUGUUGAUGCAAAUCCAGUGAAAACUGAACCACAUGGAGGUUCUGACUUUGGUGGAUAUCCUUCUUUAGAACAGAGGAAUGUUUCUUUUGACAUACAAGAGUCAAUGACAGUGCACUGUGGAUUUGUCAAAGGAAGUAAACCUGGUUUUCAGACUGGAUUUGAUAUUGAUGAAGCUGAUCUUAGGGAGAUGGAGCAGUUUCAUGAAGUCAUUAUUGCUUCAGCCAUAUUUGGGAACUAUGACAUAAUACAGCAGCCUAAGAACAUUGGUGAAGCAGCAACAAAAUAUGUUCCUUUCUACAUGUUUAUUGAUGAAGAUACUGAAGCAUAUAUGAAGAAUUCCAAUGUCUUGGAUAGUAGCAUGAAAGUUGGAUUAUGGAGGAUUAUUGUUGUUCAUAACAUUCCAUACAUGGAUUCAAGACGUAAUGGAAAGGUUCCAAAGCUUCUGUUGCAUAGGAUCUUUCCUAAUGUUCGAUAUUCGGUAUGGAUUGAUGGGAAGCUCCAGCUUGUUGAGGAUCCAUAUAAAGUUCUUGAGAGGUUUCUGUGGAGCCAAAAUGCUAAUUUUGCAAUCUCAAGACAUUAUAGGCGUUUUGAUGUUUUUGUAGAGGCUGAAGCUAACAAAGCUGCUGGAAAGUAUGACAAUGCAUCCAUUGAUUACCAUAUUAAGUUUUAUAAAAAGGAGGGCCUAACACCAUAUACUCGGGCUAAGCUUCCCAUAACCAGUGAUGUUCCGGAAGGCUGUGUUAUAAUUAGAGAACAUAUUCCUAUUACAAAUUUAUUUACCUGCCUCUGGUUCAACGAAGUCGAUCGGUUUACUUCCAGGGAUCAAUUAAGCUUUUCCACAGUAAGGGAUAAAAUAAUGAAAAAAGUAAAUUGGAGUAUCAGCAUGUUUUUGGAUUGUGAGAGGCGCAAUUUCGUUAUUCAGAGUUAUCACAAAGAGAUAUUAGACCACCUGCCACCUCCCACUGCCUCUGUAAUUCGAUGACAACCACCACUCCCCCACCAUGAUAGUUUUGCUGGAAGGACUCCAUUGAAGAAUAUUAGGCAUGGGAAAGAUAGGAGAUCUAUUUCAAGGCGCCACCAUAAGGUUGCUGCUAGUGAUAAAUACAAAGAAGCCAUUUCAUAUGCAAGAAAUCAAUCUAGCUUUUCCUUUGUUUUUAGGCAUGUAUCUGCGAAAAAUAUUACAAAUGAGAGAAGGAUCAAGAGUUGCCCCAAAAUUUUGUUUGGAAAUUAUUCAUAUCUGUUCAUUCUUUUCUACUGCUACUGUAAAUACGACAGACCAUAAUAAUUCAUGAUUACCUUCAAUUAUUUCA